ACAGUAACCCUUUAAAAUGCUUUUUAAUGCAGACAUUUUUUUAUUGUACUCAUUUGAAUCCCUUUUAAAUAAAUAAAUAAAUUCAAUUAACUCAUUCAAUCCCAGCCAUUUUUCAAACUUCAACCCCUUCAGUAUCGGCCAUUUCAGAUGAUAUUGACUGAUCUUUCAAGGCGCACAGGAUAAUGUGUUCUGUGGCUAUAUAAACAUGGACAGAAAGAUUAGACUCCCAUCAAAAGUUUGUUUCUACCUUUUUCCAUUCUUUAGUAAUCAUCCGUAGAACAUAGGUACGUUUCAGGAAAAUAUCAAUUCCUGACUAGAAAAGGGAAAAAAACAGCUUUUGGUGAAAAGAUACAUUUCAAGCAUAACUUUCACUUGGACACAAAUACUUUUGACUUUUGUGACAGCUCAACUAUCUAAACAACUAUACCAACAUAACCGACACAAAAAAGGGUUUCUUUUACAUCAAAAUAAUUUAUUUACAAAUAUAACACCAUGAACUGUUUACAAUUUUCACGUUUGGAACUGAACUAUGUGUGCGCACGCGAGUGAGAGCUCCAUUAGUGGAGAGUUACGUCUUCGCCUCUCUGCCUCUUGCGCAAAAAAACCUAUAAAAAUGUAUAAAUAUGUUGUUGGGAUCGGGCGUUGGGGUGUAUAAAAACUUAUAACUACAUCUUUGGUAUUGACCGAGUUAACAGUGACAGCAGAGCUUGAGAAAAAGUUGUCUUUACUCAAUUGCUUAUGCAGAUCGCACACAAAAAAUAAGAGAGGACAGUGCAAAAAAUACCCGAAAAGUAACAAUUUGUUCAAAAGGAUGGCUGAGGCAAAGCAACAACGUGUGCUAGUAAACAGAAAGCAUAACAAGCACAAAAAGCAUGAAAUCAAUGAUGACAAACACUGCAGGCGGGCUGGAAAGGAAUGCAGCUCUCGCGGCAGUGAGGAGUCAAACAGUCUGACAUCUUCCUGCUGCCGCCGCUGUGCUUGAAAGCACGACUUGUUGGCCUCGUGGCUGCUGGUGUGCAAAAAUAUGGAAAUAAGGCAAUCUGGAGACAGGAAACACAAACAAACACAAGUAGGGGAACCAAUACAAAAUUGGAACGUAAACAAAACGGGAGGAAAAAAAAGAACGUAAACACAAAACGCAACCAGGGAACCGCAACUGUCGUCAGGAAGAAGAUGAGCAUCUCUCAAAUGUCAAAUAAUUUUAUAACAUUUGUUGAAUGUUUUUCUCUCACCGUUACAACAAAGCUGCCAUCAAAAUGAUGGCAUAGUUUAUCUUCUUUAAAAUCCAAAUACAGUGGAGUUAAGUUGUUCUAGAACAGGAUUGUCCAAAGUGUGGCCCGCGGCUGUUUUUUUAUAGGCCUGCGGCACAUUGUAAAAAUAUUAUUUAAUAACAAAACUAAAAAAAAAAAAAAACAGCAAAAAUGACAAAUUCAGCUGUAAUUUUACAAGAAUAAACUUAAAAUAUUACGAGAAAAAGUUGUAAUCUAACAAGAAAAGGUCGUAAUUUUAUGAGAAUAAUGUAAUAUUGUGAGGAAAAAUAACAUAAUUUUACUAUCAAAGUUGAAUAAGCGAAACAAACAAAACAAGUAAAGUUGUCAUUUUUUACAGUGUCAUGAAAAUAAAGCCAAAAUAUUAUGUGAAUAAAAUCAUAAUUGCAAGAAGAAAGUUGAAAUAGUAAAACAGCUGCAAAUUUACGAAAUAAAGUCAAAAUAUUAAGAAAAAAAUGGCGUAUUCGAUUGAGCAGUUUUAUGAUUUUACAAUUAUGAGGGAAAAAAUGUCAUUUUAGUAGCAUAUAGUUUAAAUAUUAAAGACAAAAUACAGUUUUUGUAAAAAAAAAAAAAAAAAAGAUCAGAAACAAACAAAACAAAAUAAAGAUGUCAUUUUUGGAAAAUUAGGUUGGGGAAAAGUUAGAAUAUUAUGGGAAGAAAGUCAUAAUAUUAUGAGAAGAAAAUGUACAAAAGUAAGAAAUAUUUGGGAAAAAAAGGAAAAAUGGUCAGAAAAAGAGAGCAAAGUUCAUACUAAUAAUUCACUUUAUUUUUUGCUUUACAAAAUAUCAAAAUGGCCUUGCGUCCUUUCAUUUUUGUAGUUUUGGGCCCUAGCUGGAAAAGACCCCUGUUUUAGAAGGUCCGACUCUAACCAAAACGAACGUUAACCGAUUGAAUUUUUCCCAAAAGAAAUAAUGUACAUCCAAUUUCAGAAAGCCAAGAAUUUUAACACAAAUUACGUUUUUAUAGUUUCACAAUUAGAAUUUUACAUCCAGAAAACAAUUCCAAAUGAAUAUAAAUGAUGAAUGAAGGGGAAAAUAAACAUUUAAAGUUACUUUUACCUUCACUGAAUUUGUGAUUCUUGACGACUGUUCCCAAAGACGAUGUGGCAGGGAGACACCACACGGUCACCACCUUCCUGUUUUGCCAUGAGUUAUGUCUUGAAUUCAAGUGUUUCUCACCUCAGUAACCCAAAAUAGAACCAAAGAAGAUUGCAGGCACCAGCAUUUCGAUGAAGAAGGACUAUUGAAUUCAAGCAAUAACUCAUGGGAAGGUUGAUCUCGCUGCCGCAUCGUGUCUUUGGGAGCGUUCACGUCUUCAGUGACGAGUCAACCGCUGAUGACAUCACAGACGGGCGACGUAAGGAGGCUGAUUUGGGGUGGAAAGGAGUCUCCUGCGGGAUGUGAGGUGCUGUAUGAGGAUGCUUUGUAUUUCUUUGAUGAGAGCAGAAAAUGGAAGGACAGGUAUGUGGUCGUGAGAGCCAACUACUGCUUGGAGUGUCACGACAGCUUAGAGACUUUUCUUAAAGGAAAUCCUCCACGUUAUAAACUGCUGCCAACUGGAGGAAGUGUUUUGACCACCGAGGAGAAGUACAUGGCUAUGGUGGACGAGUGCUUCCCUGACGAUAACAAUUUGAAGGAAGAGUUUUCUCCUCCUCUGACUGGGAUGCCAGGACAGUUUCCUGUCUACCUUCGCUUGCCCUACAGGAGGGAUUCUUAUUUUUGCUUCAGCCAGCAGGGCAAACAAAUGAAAUUCAUGACCAUCCUGUCAGACUGCAUCAAACACCAGAACCAAGAUUUCCUGAAGAAGAAGACGUGUGAGGUUCAGGCCUUCCUCAAGGCGAUUCAACUCUACAGACAGGACAAAGACAAAUAUGAAGCUUGGGACAUGCUGAUUGGCAGCGAUUGCAGGGUGCUGGCCAACCUCGUGAUGGAGCACUUGUUGCCGUCUCUGCAGAAAGAAAUGCUUCCACACCUCAAAGCCAAGAAGACGGAAAAGAAGAGAGUUUGGUUUGCGACGGUGGAGGCGGCGUACAUUCUGGUUCAGGAACAUCUACUGGGUGGACUCUCUGCAUUGAAGGAUGAAUGCCGAAAAUGGAUGGAGAAACAGGAAGUACUCCUCCACUCAGACAUGGACCAGAUCGUCAACUCCAGGCAGCAGCUGGAGGAGAAAGUCAGAGCUAAAGUAUCAGUGGCAGCAGAGAAGGUGUGUGCUGAGAGCAUCCAGCCACACCUGGGAUCAGUUCUGGAGGAGCUCAUGGAGCCCAUCAGCUCUGGUUUUCUGGAGGGACGUCAGCAAAUUGAAAGCUUGAUGGAAACAGUCUGCCACGAUGUUCAGCAGUGCAAAGACCAUCAGCAGCUCAAACAGACUCUGGCUCUCAUGGCACGGCCUGAGCUACAAUGUUGCUACCAAAAGAUUGCCUCCCUGCAGAGAAAGAAGCUGUUUGGGUUCUCCAACAUGACGGGAGUCAUCCACAGUACUCAGAUUGACUUGCAGCAGUUGGUAGAAAAUGCAGCAUACACGUUUGAGCUGCUGGUCUACAAGAUCCUCCAGGACGACCCAGACGAUGCGGCCUCUCUCGUAGAAAAGGCCAAACACAGAGUGCUCAAGCAAUACGACUACGACAGCAGCACCGUCAGGAUGACCACCUUCCAAGAAGCUUUAGUGUCCAUCACGUUGCCCUUCAUCAAGAAGAUGCUGGCCCCCACCUGCAAACCUGAACUUGAGGGUGUUGAAGAGUCUGUAGACACGGAUUACUCCAGCUUCAUCCAUGCGGACAAUGUUUAUGAGGACGUCCUCCUCCAAACUCUGGACAAGGAAGUGACCAAAGUGGUAAAAGAGGCAGCCAGUCUGCAGAGAUACAACCUGUUCAUGGACCUCCGAGACCAGGGGGGACACUCCAGCCGCUCCAGCCUGUCUUCAUCCUCCGCCUCUACGCCCCAAAGCCCUGACAACCAAGUCCCUUCCCUCGCUGAAAGCGUAGGUGAGCAUCAGCCCAACGCUUCGUCUUCUGUCCCGAACAACCAAGACAAUGAGGACAUCAAGGACAUGUUGACCGGGACACCCUGGGACGUACACCGACACAACGUCAAUGUUGCUGCUGGAGAACUGCAGGUAUCUGAAAACAGCCAUGAGGUCUUGAAGACGCAGGAAGCGGCGGCAGAAGAGAUUUCCGCUCAAACGCCGAACAACGCCGCCUCCAAAACGGAUGGUGGAACAUCGGAGACGCUCAACCACACACAAGUCCAUUGUCAGCAUGCAACAACUUCACCAACCAUCAAGUCAGCGGUGCCCUCUGCUGGUCAAACAUGUCAACACAUCAAGACAGAGGAUGCCCAGCCCGCCUUGGCACAGCAGAACGCUGCCUUCAGCCAAUCGCCUGCGAGCUCGGAAAAAACCUCGGAAAGUCACACGCGUGAGGGAGUCACUGAUACAGACGGACGCGUUUUCCACACAAAAAAGGCUGAAGCUGCGGAAGCUCCUGGAUUGGCUCAAACUGCUGAAGUUGCUAAAUCGGCUAAAGCUGCUGAAACUGUAAAAUCAGCUGAAGGUGCUAAAGCUCCUGAAUUGGCUGACUCCGCUGAAGCUGCUGAAAUUGCUAAAUCAGCUGAAGCUCCUCAGUUGGUUGAAGCUCCUGUAUCAGCUGACUCUGCUGAAACCAAUAAAUCCACAGAAGGUGCUAAAGCUCCUGAAUCAGCUAAAGCUCCUGAAUCGGUUGAAGUGCCUGUAUCAGCUGACUCUUCUGAAGCUGCUGAAACUGCUAAAUCAGCUGAAAGUGCUAAAGCUGCUGAAUCAGCUAAAGUUCCUGAAUCGGUUGAAGCUCCUGUAUCAGCUGACUCUUCUGAAGCUGCUGAAACUGCUAAAUCAGCUGAAGGUGCUAAAGCUCCUGAAUCAGUUGAAACGCCAGCUUUAUCGACUGACUCUGCUGAAGCUACCGAAUCGGCUGUAGCUCUUGAAUCGGCUGAAGCUGCUGAAGCUCCUGUAUCGGCUAAAGAUUCUGUAUCGACUAAAGCUCCUGCACUGGCUGAAACUCCUGUAUCGGUUGACCCUGCUAAAUCAGCUGAAGGUGCUAAAGAUGCUGAAUUGGCUGUAGCUCCUGAAUCGGCUGAAACUGCUAAAUCAACUGAAAAUGCUAACGCUGCUGAAUCGGCUGAAGCUCCUGUAUCGGGUGAAACUCCUGUAUCGGUUGACCCUGUUGAAUCAGUUGAAACUGCUAAAUCAGCUGAAGAGGCGAAAACUGCUGAAUCGGCUGAAGCUUCUGUAUCGGCUGACUCUGCUGAAUUGUCUAAAGCUGCUGAAGCGGCUAAAGCUCCUGAAUCUGCGGAAUUGUCUGAAGCUGCUAAAUCUGCUGAAACUGCUAAAUGACCCAGCCAUGAGCUCACGGCUGCGGACUCUGUCAAGGAGGUUUGUGACCUGGUGGUGGAAGCGGUUGAGGUGGAGGAGCUUGUGAAGUAGUGACGCCUUUUGUUCAGGACAAGAAGCGGUUACUCACAGAACUUUUAUUUCUUUGUGAAAGUUACCGCAGAAUAUUUCAUUCUUGUCUGCUGCUACUGUCCACUUUGCAGCUUACGAAAACAAGAAUUUCCCCACAGUGGGGAAAGAGGCCUUUUCUAUUGUAUCCCAGCAGAUAAAUAAAAGUAACACAUUUAAACACACAUUCUUUCAGAUAUCUUUCUUUUUUUCAUCAAAUUUACCAGCUGAUGCUUCCCCAUUUUGGUUCUUGUAUUUUGUUGAGAUGGGACAUAAAUGACUCAGGUUUGCAUCAGCAGAUUUGACAGAACAUUUGCUUAAAAUAGUAUUAACAACUGGAACACUUACAACCCUCAAAACAGCCCUGUCCUGAGCAGCCAGUUCACUGCUCACCCUGCAACUCUCUCAGUAACAGUCAGUGUACAGCAACGAAGCAU